AUGAGUGAUCCUUUACUCGAAAAGCGCAAUUGUGCUAUACAGCGCCAUAAUCAAGACAUCACACACAUCAUUGCUGCCCAGGUCGAGUUUGCCAGCCUUUUCUCCGAAGCCGAGGCCGACACGAUCAUCUGGCUGCAACUAUCUCCGGCAAUCAGCAAGCUUACCUGCGAUGGCCUCUGCUACCCGCAGGAAUGGUUGCUGCGCUACAGCUCCGCCACCCUUCGAUCUAGUGGCUGCGACAAGUUCGUCAAGCUGCUGGGUAACGAGCGAUACCAACGGAAAACCCUCAACAGCCUACGCUCCAGCGGCCAUGACUUACCGGACGGCAUACGAUAUGUGCUCGAUCUUGGGCCGUCAUCGGACUUUGACCUGCGCUCACAACAUCUCGAGGCCCUGACCUUGCCAAAGGGCAUCGUGCAAUACAGCAUGUUGACAUACCUGACGAAUAAGCAUCAAGUGCCAAGCGCCGUGGCAGGCGGCCAUGACGAUGCCUGCCGUUGCUUCGAGAUGCGGCUGGACAGGAGGAAGAAGACUGCACCUGCUGCUGCACCUGCUGGCGAUAUGAUGAGCCAGGUUGGGAGUGAAACCAAAGAGCCGGAUAUCUUGGACUCGAGAAACUGUAUAUGGGAUCUGCCACUUGCAGCGGAGUUCCGCAUCGACGAUUACUGCGAGGUGCGCCAUGUAGCCAACGUCAUCCGUCUCUUGCUGGUGCUGGCCGAACGUCCGCUGCUGCUCGACUCUGCCGCACGAGUGUAUACGAUCUGCGGACUGGCCAAGCUCUUUGGCGCCAACGGAAACACCAGCAGCCUGAGCCGGCUGCGAUCGCUGGUGCACGAGUGGUUUCUCACCAAAGGAAACACCAUCAUCAUUGACACGCUUCCCGAGGAGUGCUUCCGCAUGGCAUGGAACAUCAAGCUGCCGAACGUGACGCGGGCUUCUUACCGUAUUCUCGUGGCCGAGCGGGCCUUGUGUGAUGCCAGUGACAGCAGCCAGCCACGCACAUACCAGCGCCAGCGGACGCCGUUUGGCCGCGAGCUGUCCGGGCUGGACGAUGACCUCGAGACGCUGCUGGACCAUGCCAGCGAAGCGUUGACUCGCCGCAUCGGCGAGCUCCGAGCGAAGCUGCAGUCGCCUGACAAGCUCGAUCUCCUGGACGUGCCGCAGUACCACCGGCUGCGGACCAUCGAGCGUGCGGUUGCAGAGGCCGUGCCGCAGACGAGAGAGAUAAGAGCCGCUUCGACAGCGAUCCAGAGGCUUGCAGACACAUACGAAACCAUCCUCCGGACUUCGCUGUUACAUGGACGGCUUGGCAGUCUGUUGCGGAACGGCAAAAGCUGUCUCUACACUGGGGCUCUGGAGGUGUACGUGAGUCAGAAGGCGCGUGAAUACAAGUCCUUUGCCCACGUGUACGAAGGCCUCUCGGAGAAGCAAAAGCUGCUCACGGGGGUGCGUUGGAGAGUGAUCGGCAACGGCAUGGCGCGCAGUCUCCGCGGUGCUGCGACGUAUCUCAUGGACGGCAUGGCAAAAGACGCGAACACUGCAUUGCGCAGGGCGCUGGUCAUGGACGAAGGCAGGGCCGAUCAGGUGAUCACGAACCAGCUGGCGAUCCUUGGUGUGACCAUAAGAGGACCCUAUUCCACAUUCCAGCCGCAGGAGCCGUUUCAGCUGGAAGUCAUCCGCAAUGAGCUGCGCAGCGAGCGCAUGAUCAAGACGUUUUCGCACCUGUACGACCGAUACAGCUUCGUGCCGGAGUUUGAGCUCGCCGAGGACAACCCGUCGCCACACCUGCUUCUGGGCCUGUCCGAGAACGAGUUCCGCUUUCUGCCGUUGUGGGCAGGCGGACAAGACGACGGCAGCGGCGGCGUGUUCCAGGACGAGUUGCCGAUGGCCCAGCUCGGGCCCAUCGGCCCUGGGCCUGCAUACCACACGGGCACGACGCAGGUGGGCACAACGGCCGACACGAUGAGCACGGCGACGCUGUCGGUAGGCGAGCUCGACGCCGCCACCGACGAUGCGUCCGAGCUGAAGACCGAACACACGGAUUCCAGUUUUGUUCUGGUGCAAGGCGUCAGCAGGCUGGCAGUGCAAAGCGAGUAUAGGACGACCAGCAGCCACGAGAGUCGUGCUGCCCACGAUGGCAUCUCGACCAUCUCAGGGGAGCCCAGCGCGAUGACACUGGAUGACUCGACAUGCGGAUCGUCACUGGUUGAUGUUGCUGAGUCAGCCGACGACGACGAGAGCGAUUACGUAUACGACUUCGAGGACGAUGAAGAAGGAUUUGAAAGCUUUGACGAGGAUGGGUACGACAUGGAUGUGCAGUCAGACGUCACAGUGGUGCAGUACCACGACACUGCUAUGGGAGACUUUGAGGGGCCGUCUUCGGCAGCAAAGAUCGGCUUUGUGGAAGAGCCAGACGUGCUGGUGGGGGAAAUGUAA